GUAUAAUUAUAUUCAAUAGAGUAGCAUAACAAAGGUUGGGUAGGUGGCCUUUGCCCUAAAAUGAGGGGAAAUCUCAGAGUUAUAAUUAGUCACAAUUGUUCUUCUAGUGUUUGUACUAUUCUACCAAAAGUUUCAUCGCAUGUGCUUGCAAAGAUUACUCUUCAUUUUAGAGAGUUCCAGUUUAAAUUCAGCACAAUCUGAAUUCACCAGCCAGAUCUAAUAAUCUUUUCUCCAACACAUUUAUGACCUCAACAUUAAAGAAACUUGGCAAUAUUAACAGAGACAAUAAUCCAUAGCAUGUAAAUUCUAAAACCUUGCCAAGAGCUGGCACGGAGGCAGUUUUAGCAACAGAAGCCACCCGGCACCUUCUUCUUAACUCUACUCGAGCAUGCGAGCAAUCCAUCAAUGAAUUCACGUGAACCCUCUCGCCUUUACUAACCACCAACCUCACCCACAAAAUUCUACCCUUCCUCUUAUCAAUUCCUUUCCAUUGCUUACAGCUCAAUCUCCUAAUUGUCUUCCUUGCUCUGCUCUCAAAUUUCUCAUUCCAAAGAGUGAUCAUUUGAUCGCCGGCGGUUACUAUGCCGACGAUUUACAGUGUCUGCACAGGAGAAAACAGGGUGUUCUUCUUGUGUCUCGCUUUUUCCUCCCUCUUUAUGCUUCUGAUCACAAUAUUCGCCGAUGUUAUGAAUAUUCCGGUGAAGGUUCAGGUAAGUGACCUGCAUUCCCGCCGGAGGAUGAUGCAGGUUGCCGCCGGUAAGUAUUGCGAUGGCACUCUGUACCCGGAUCUCUGCGCGUCGAUGGUUUCUGCAAUUCCGGAUUUACCCGCCAAGUCGCUCCCCGAGGUCAUCUGCCACACUGUGAACUCCACCGCCGGUGCGGUCCGCAACGCCGCCAAGAACUUCACCGACUACCUCCGCCGCCACGACGGGCACCUCGACCCCCGCCAGGGGGUCGCGCUCGCAGACUGCCUCGAACUCUUCGCGCAGACGCUCGACGAGCUCGACGAAGCCUCGGCAGGCCUAGCCGACUCCGACCCCGCCACCCGCGCGGACGACGUCGAGACGGUGCUUUCCGCCGCCAUUACCAACCAGUACACCUGCCUCGACGGCUUCGCCUACGUGGGCGGCGGCGGGUACCGCUCCGCCAUCCAGCGGCGGCUCCUCCACGUGACCCGCCUCGUCAGCAACUCGCUGGCGAUGAUGAAGCGCAUCCGGCGGCGACGCCGCCGCGGCGCGCUGGAGGCGGGUGAAGCGGGGGGCUUCCCGGCGUGGGUGCCGGGGAGAGACAGGCGGCUACUGCAGGCUCCGGCAGCGAAUACGACGACGACAGCGAAUACGACGACGACGAUCACCCCCGACUUGGUGGUGGCCAAGGACGGAAGCGGGAACUUCACGACGAUAAGCGACGCUGUCGCUGCGGCGCCUAACAACACGGUGGGGAGGUUCGUGAUCUACGUGAAGGCGGGGGCGUACUUCGAGAACGUCGAGGUGGGAAAGAGCAAGGCGAACCUGAUGAUCAUCGGCGACGGCAUCGGGAACACGGUGGUGAAAGCGAGCCGCAACGUGGUCGACGGAUGGACCACUUUCCGAUCUGCCACCUUCGCGGUGGUGGGCAACGGGUUCCUGAUGCGGGACAUGACGAUUGAGAACGCGGCGGGUCCGAGCAAGCACCAAGCGGUGGCGCUCCGCGUCAGCGCCGAUCUCGCCGUCUUCUACCGGUGCAGCUUCGUGGGGUACCAGGACACCCUCUACGUCCACUCCCUCCGCCAGUUCUACCGCGACUGCGACGUCUACGGCACCAUCGACUUCGUCUUCGGCAACGCCGCCGUCGUGCUGCAGGGCUGCAACCUCUACGCGCGCCGCCCGCUGCCCAACCAGCAGAACAUCUUCACGGCGCAGGGGCGGGAGGACCCCAACCAGAACACCGGCAUCUCCAUCCACAAGUGCAAGGUGGCGGCCGCCGCUGACUUCAUACCGGUGCAGGCCAACUUCUCCACCUUCCUCGGCCGGCCCUGGCGGGAGUACUCCCGGACAGUGUUCAUGCAGUCGUACUUCGAUAGCCUGAUCGACCCGACCGGGUGGACCGAGUGGAACGGCACCUUCGCGCUCGCCACGUUGUACUACGGCGAGUACAUGAACCGCGGCCCGGGGGCCAACACCACCAACCGGGUGACGUGGCCGGGGUUCACGGUGAUCACCAGCGACGCGGAGGCCAGCAACUUCACCGUGGCGGCGUUCAUCCAGGGCGACCAGUGGCUGGACUCAACUUCCAUGCCGAUUACUUUAGGUUUGAACUAAUUAAACUAAUGGAUGGCCUCGACUACUCCUUACAUGUAAUCUCCUUCUGUUUAAUAAAUUGCAAGCGACGAAUUAAGUUCA